AUGGCGACACCUUUCUGUCGUUGUGGAUUGGCAUCAGAUCUCAAGACAAGCUGGAUAGAGGCGAAUCCAGGGAGGAGGUUCUACGAGUGCAGCAAGUCCCCGUUUGAAUCCAAUCCCCUCCUCUGUUUCAACUCCAUCCCCUGUUUUCCCCCCUUUCCAUUAGCUUCUUCCAUCACCAACCAUGGAAGCUCUUUAAGGUCACAACAAUUACAAUCACACAUUCCCACCGAUUUAACCAAAAUCGGGACCUCCCUCUCCCAGCUCAUACUAAUGGGUGGCGCGGGCUCCAGCACUCUCGAUUCCGUCUUCUCCUUCUGCAGCCACAACACAUCACCGCCACAGGCGGCCAAAACAUAG